UUUACUGAUGACCUGUGAGAAGGAAAGAAUCUCAAUUAAUGAAACCCAACAACUAUUCAUUCUCUCUCUAGAAAAAACAUCCCAAUCAUCUCUCUCAACUGCACCUCUGUUUCUUUCAUAAUAAUUUCAAUCCUUUUCCAUUCACAAGAUUCAGUUGUUGCCGGCGUUGAGAUGGGUGCUUCUGAAUCCGUCCCACAAAACUCCAUCCACGAAUUCACAGUCAAGGAUAGCAAAGGGAAAGACGUGGAUCUAAGUAUCUACAAAGGGAAGGUUCUUCUUGUUGUCAAUGUUGCUUCCAAAUGUGGGUUUACGGAUACGAACUAUACCCAGUUGACUGAACUUUACAAUAGAUACAAGGAUAAAGGAUUGGAGAUCUUGGCUUUUCCAUGUAAUCAGUUCUUGCGUCAAGAGCCUGGUACAAGUGUAGAGGCACAAGAAUUCGCAUGUACAAGAUACAAGGCUGAAUAUCCAAUUUUCCAAAAGAUACGUUGUAAUGGGCCAGAUACAGCCCCCGUGUACAAGUUCCUCAAAGCAAGUAAAUGUGGAUUUCUUGGGUCUAGGAUCAAAUGGAACUUCACCAAGUUUUUAGUCGAUAAGGAAGGCAAAGUCAUUGCCCGUUACGGCACUGCAACAGCUCCGUUUUCAAUUGAGGGAGACAUUAAGAAAGCAUUGGGAGAAGUCUGAUGGAUGUAUAUCUGGUUUGAUGUAAGAUAAAUCGAUAAGUGGAGAACAUAUGUACUUACGUACAAAGUAAGAGAGCCGCCCUGUAUUUGGUUGAUUAUCUGAAGUUUGCCCUUUUGUGAUUUAGUUUUCAGUUUAUCUGCACUAUUGAUUCAUUUUGGAAAGACUACUUUUGGUUGUUCUACUUGUUCCUACGAAGUUAUUUAUUGAAAUUAUGUCAUUUUUUUCUUGUUGCAUUGAAAA